AUGCAAGCAAUACCCAAAGUUUUGAAGGCAGAGCAUUCUCCAAGAGUUCAAGAUUCAGCAUUUCCUCCUUUUAAAGUAGAGCAUAAAUAUCGUGGAGUUUAUGAACGUGCUGGAUUUGAUAUUUAUAAAGGAGAUAAUCGAAGUAGACAUACUAGUGGAAGUAAUACUCCUAAAACCAUGGCACAUUCAACUUUUUCAUCGAGUUCUGGUGAUUCAUACAAGAAGUCAGGGAAAUUCAAUCCUUAUGAAGCAAAACGUAACAAUAGUCAGCCCAUCAAUGCAUACCCUCAACAGAAAUUUACUGCCAGAAAUAAAUCUCAUGGGGAUUUAUAUAGUAAACCAACAGAAUAUCCAUCGAAUGUUCAAUCAUCAGGUCCCUAUCCCCAUUCACAAACUUCAUCAGGUCCUUACCCUCAUUCACAACAAUCUGAUGGUUAUUAUCCUAGAAGUCAAUCCCAUACUCAAAUUCCUACUCCACCUCAAGCUGAGAAGCAUUUCCAACCCCCAUUGUCGGCAAAACUGCCAGUUUAUCAAUCAUUCACUCAACCUAAUACUGCCGGAAGCAAUGAAGAUUUGAGUCCAAGAAAUUAUUCAGGUUCAACAGCCGUUUCUUCAUAUAAUGAUGGGCCCUUAGUAUUGAAACAAGAUCUUUCUAAAGUUGAUACCAAUUCUGAUUUUAACUUCAGUCCCCAAUCAAACCAUAAGAAUGUUAUGGGAUUGUCAUUGGAUUUGAAACAAAGUAAUUAUUCUCCAACUCAAUAUGAUGGCGCUGAAGAAUUGAGUGAAACUUCAAUGGAUGAUUUAGGCCAUAGAAAAUACGAAGAUACUAACAAUACUACAAUGAAAGAUUUUAGUCAAAAUGUUAGUGUGAAUACUUUGGAAUUAUUGGAUACUCCAGAAAAGAACAAAAGGGCCAAUGGAACUCAAUUGCCUUCACCUCCAAGAACAGGUUUCAGUUCCAGAUUAUCAGGAGAAUUAAUGAACUUUAAGAAUGAUUUCCAACAACGUGAAAUCCCAUCUAUUGAAGUCAAUAGAUUCUCUUAUUCCAAUAAACCUAAUGAUUCUAAUCCAUUAGAUGAAUUUGAAAACUUCAAAAAGGCAAAAGCUCAAGAAAGUAAUGAUUUAAAUAAUGAUUAUCAGAAAUUCUUGAAUAACAACCUUGAACCUUCAACCCACGAGUUCAGAAAAAGUCAGUUAUCAAUGGUUUCCUCAAUCAUUUCCAAAGAAUCUCAUUAUUCUGAUGAUGAAGGAGAAUCUGAAGUUGAGAGGGAACUUGAACGUCAAUUAGAAAGUUUGAAAACUGGUGGUUCUUCUGAAUUGUUAACUGGUAUGAGACCAAGACCACCACCAGCUGUUGAUGAAAUUGCCCAUGAAGAGAUUGAAAAUGACGUGGAAGAACUUGGUUCAGAAGCUAAUCCUAUAACUUUCGACAAUCAAACCAUACCGACAAUUACAAUUGGUAAUGAAUCAGAUUUCAAUGAUGUUGAAUCAGUAGAAUCAAUCAAACCAUUAUCAGUACGUCAUUCUAAAACUCAUAAGAAUUUCGAAUUACCUGAUAUAACUCAAACUCCCAAACAAGAUCAUAAUCCCCAAUUGGAUGCCCCAUUGGACAAUGUUCCAUAUCCAACCCACGAAUUAGAUUCACCUCAAGUUCCUUAUCCAUAUAAAUCACCCGAAUUCGAUCCUGUGUUCCCUAUUGGUUCAUCACAUGAGUAUCCACUUGAAACAGUCAAACUUGACAAAGCACCACCUAAAUUAAAAUAUCCACCUGGUUCAGGUCCUUGUAGAUCAUGUAAUCAAAAGAUUUCUCCUAAUGGUAGAGGUUUAGAGAAAGCCAUUUAUUCAAAAACUGGAGAAUUAACUGGUCAAUGGCACAGAGGAUGUUUCAAAUGUUCAUAUGAAAACUGUGCUAUAAAUUUCAAUAAAGAAGUUCAAUGUUAUGUUCUUGAUGAUGAGGCUUAUUGUAAUCAUCAUUAUCAUCAAUUGAACAAUUCUUUAUGUGAAAGUUGUAGAAUUGGUAUUGAAGGUGAAUGUAUUGAGAAUGAAAUUACUCAAAAAUGGCAUUUACAUUGUCUCAAAUGUACCAAAUGUUAUAAUAAUAUCACAGCCGAUUAUUAUCUUAUCAAUGAUACGAUAUUCUGUGAAGCUGAUGCCUUGCCUAUAAUAUCAGGUGAGGCCUUAUACAAUGAUAAUGGUAACAUGACAAGUCUAUCAACUACUGAUAAAAUUGAAAAAAGAAGAACCAGAUUAAUGCAUAUUGAUAGUUAA